AGGGGUAAACUGGGGCCGAUGGCUGGAGGAGGCAUGCUCCCCUCCCUGCCCACCCUGACUGUACUUGUUCCCCUCCUGUCCCUAGCAGGCUUGUUUUACUCAGCCAGCGUAGACGAAACCUUCCCGCAGGGCUGCACCAGCACAAACAGCUUAUGUUUCUACAGUCUCCUCCUUCCUGUUACAAUACCGGUUUAUGUAUUCUUCCACCUAUGGACCUGGAUGGGGAUUAAGCUUUUUAGGCACAACUAGUGCGAUGCACUUGAUAAUCUGUGGGCUUCUCUAAAGCAACGUGGUUUAUUUAGUCUCAUUGGGUAUUGCAGUUGAUUUGAGAGAGUUCCCUUUCUAGCACUAGUGACUGUCGUCAUCUUCCUAGUAGUAUCUGGAACUGUAUGAAGUCCUCUGCAGCAGCCUAUUACUUAAUUACUACUAAGGCAGGUAAAGAGGAGGAAUAACAAGAAGCACUAAUUCCUUCUAGCGUAUCCCUUCAAGAGUGUUGUGCGUUUGUAGUGGCACUAAUGAAAAUCUUCUAGGUGGUGAUCGUUUUUACCAGGAAGAACUGUAGCCUGACUGAAAUAACUGAUCUUAAAUAAUAAGCAAUGACAACAUGCAGCGAUAUGAAUCUCUCUUUGAAUUACGAGCCUUAGUUUUGUUUUGAACUGAUGUGUGUGUUGAAAUGUAUCAGUCUCACUGUCAGAAGAACAUAAAAUAAAUUGGGCUGAUGUUCGAUAACAAAA